AUGACAAACGCACAACAGAGCAACUAUCAAAAGGCCAUCUCAAGACUCCACCAGAUCCAACUGGGACUCAGCCAGAGCGAAACCACUCCACAACACCAAGCAGCAUCACGAAGGCCCAACAGGAUGAAGCUGCUCUACCCGACAUCGCUGAAACUCAACACCAAGAGUCUCGAAGGGUUUGGCGUCGAUCUCGUUGCAUACGAUGUGAAGAAGACACUGCCUGAAGACGCAAUCGACGCAGAAUGCCUGGUCACGUGGUGCAACUCAUCUGACAACCUCAAGGACGCUGCAGGCCGAAUGAAGAAGCUUCGAUGGAUUCAGUCCCUGGCCGCUGGUCCCAAUGAUGUACUUAACGCUGGAUUCUCGGCCUCAGAGAUCACGAUAUGUACAGGUUCCGGCUUACACGACCACACGGUCGCUGAGCAUGCACUGGGACUGCUACUCAACUCCGCCAGACGCUUCUUCGAGAUGCGUGACUACCAGCUACAGGGCAAGUGGCCUGGCCAUCUCGGCGGACCGCAGCCUGACCGGCCUGCUGGGAAGUUCACGACGUUGAGAGACGCAAGGGUGCUCAUCUGGGGGUUCGGCAACAUCGGCAAGACCCUCGCGCCAUGGCUGACAGCGCUGGGUGCUCAGGUCCGUGGGGUUGCUCGUCACGCAGGUGUUCGUGAUGGUGUUGAGGUCUAUGGCGAGGACAAGCUGCCGGAGCUUCUGCCAGAGACGGAUGCACUGGUCAUGAUUCUGCCGGGCUCGGAGGCAACGAAGCAUGUCCUCAACGCUGAGCGGCUGAAGCAGCUUCCCAAUCAUGCCUGGAUCGUCAACGUUGGACGUGGGACGUCAGUCGAUGACGAAGCCUUGCUGUCUGCUCUGGAAAAGGAGGAGAUUGGCGGUGCCGCACUCGACGUCUUCACCACCGAGCCUCUACCCGAGAACUCUCCGUACUGGAAACAGAAGAAUGUCGUCGUGUCGCCUCAUGCAGCCGGAGGAAGGGAGCGGAAGUUCUGGUCGCAGAGAACCUACGUCGCUUUUCAGCCGGACAAAGCCUGA